UCACAGUAUACUGUAUAUGUUAGUGCUAGUGUUAAAGCCAUUACUGUGCCGUUUAGGAGGUUCAAAUGAUUCAUGACAGCGAGUUGGAGCUAGCAGUGUAACUUAACCGUCCGCCCGUGGGAAUGGAAAUCGAGUGAUUUAAGCAGUGUGUGUGCUUGGGUGUGAUGGCAGAGCUCCCGUCUGGACUGCUGGAGGCAUGUGUAGUGGUUGGGGCCCCGAUUGAUAAGCUUCGAGACGUAUACCAGCUUCAUCAGCAGAGCAAGUUAAACGAACACCCCGUGCUGGAAGCGGAGGUACUGCAGGUCCAUGCCCCCCCCUUUGUUUCCAAGGAGACCAACUCUAGUCAGGCGAUUGGUCCAGCUUUCAGCCGUGUCCAGAGGAGGAGGAGCUUCAUCAAGAAGAAGAGGCGUGAUCGUGCUGUAGAGUCAUUAUCUAAUGGAGAUACAGCUAAUCGUGCUGAAGUUACGUCAGCGACAGAGGACAUCAGUGUUCCAAAGGAUCUGGACCUCAUCGCCUUGCCGCAGCUCUGUUUCCCUGGUGGUCUUCAGUUAGCCAAUGAGCAGAGGGAAGACAGUUAUCACUUCCUGGUUUUCACUGACUUGUUUGGGAACCGAACCCACGGGGUUGUUGUGCAGUGCUACAGAGCUGUCCAGUCCUGUCAGGAAGGCGUUGUCCAGAAUGGCCACAGAUGGAAUUCAUCAAAGACCCGUCUCUACACACCCUUCGCUGUGUGUGUCAUCUCCAAAUUCCCCUACUACAAUGCUCUGAGAGACUGCUUGUCAUGUCUCCUGGUCGGGCUGCGGCCUGCAAGACAAGCCGACUUCGAGGAGACAAUCAAGGAGUUUUCAGCCAAGCUGUCCCUGGUCCCUUUACCGCCUCCUGGACAGCUACACGUGUCCUUCAGCCUCCGUCCUCUUCAGGUGGUUCUUCCAUCCAGGGACGAUCAGGACAGCCCAGUUAUCGACAUCGACCUGCAUCUACCUUUCCUCUGUUUCACGCACACAACACUCCUCCAGGUGCUGUCCUGCCUUCUUCAAGAGCAGAGGCUGGUGUUCUUCUCAUCCGACUGGGCUAGACUCACUCUGGUUGCAGAGAGUCUGCUGUUGUACCUGCAGCCUCUGUCCUGGCAGCAGCCCUAUGUUCCUGUCUUGGCGAGAGGAAUGUUGGACUUCCUCAUGGCUCCGACUGCCUUCCUAAUGGGCUGUCACAUCAGUCACUUUGAGGAGGUUGCUGCCGAGACAGAAGACCUAAUCCUGGUGAAUAUUGAUGAUGGCUUCAUUCAGUCGUCAUGUUCUGAAACCACUGUCUUACCAGCUAUCCCUGUGGCAGCAGCUGAGAGCUUUAUGUCAAGGGCAGAGUGUCUCCAGCUUCAUUACGACUUGGAGCUGUGUCACCUCGGAGCGGGCACCGAUGCCAAUGCCCUGCGGUACCAACGGAGAGACUGGCAGAGACGACUGAACACACAGAUACAAAACAUCGCCCUGGAACUAGUGGUCAACAUUUUCAGAGGCGUCCAGGACUUUCUAAACCAUGAGCACAGAGUUUUUAACAGUGAGGAGUUUCUGAGGACCAGGGAGCCAGCAGACCAGUGCUUUUACAAGAAGGUAUUAGAAACGCAUAUCUUCCACUCAUUCCUGCGAGACAGGCUGAACAGGAAACGCGACACCUUCAGCCGCAUGGAGCAGAAUACGCGUAACAAUGCAUACAGGAAUCGUGCGAUGACAGAGUCUCCUCGGCGUCCCCCCAUGUCUGAGCUGUCCAGGACUGGUUACAGCAGCUACACCAGCCCUGACAACAGACUGAGCAAGAGGCUGGGAGCCAGCCUGCCUAACCUGGAGCAACCUGCCAGUGACACUAUGACUGCCAUCAGCUGCAGCAGGCCAGCCUCCCUCAGAAAGAUGACUCCUGAUAUUGGGUUGAAGUCUCCUCAGAAAGCUGUGAAGGUUUUCCGCCUCCCAGAGUUUCCCCCGCCUCUGGCCUAUCAUUAUAUACAGAACUAUUAUUCUGAUAUGGUGUCUUCUCUGGGGAAGGCUAUUAACGCCACACCACCUGAGGAGGCUGCUCUGCUGGCCAGGUACCACUACCUGCGUGGUUUGGUAAACACCGUGUCCAACAGGCGUCUGGAUGCGUUGGAUGACUUCCAGAGUCUCUAUAAGACGGACUCAGAUAUCUUCCCCUCUCAGAUGGUUAAGUCACUGGUCGACUCUCUGCCAGAAGGUGAACGGUUGCAGGCAGACAGACGUCCAGAGCUCAAAAGGCUCAUCAGCCGGGUUAAGAGGGACCAGGAGCGGGAACGUGCGCGCCAUGGCAACGGGUAUGAGGAAGGUGCCGUGAAGCACUUCCAGCUGCCGAAAAAAUACAUGCAGCUGGAGGAAUUUGUGAAAUGUGUCCAGGAGUCUGGGAUUGUAAAAGACCAAGGAACCAUACACAGACUCUUUGAUGCUCUAACUGUCGGUCAUCAGAAGCAGAUUGGUCCAGACUUGUUCAGGGUGUUUUACACCAUCUGGAAGGAGACUGAGGCUGAAGCACAGGAGGUGUGCCUGCCUGCGUCUGUGUUGGAGCACAUUGAACCCAGCGAGUGCGUCUUUAAGCUCUCCUCCUCGGUCAAGACGAGCCGUGGUGUGGGGAAGAUCGCCAUGACUCAACGACGGCUCUUCCUGCUGACCGAAGGACGACCGGGAUACGUGGAGGUGGCACAGUACCGAGAUUUAGAGGAAGUGAAGGUGUCUUCCGCUCCCUUCCUGCUACUGCGAAUCCCCAGCCUGAAGCUGCGUGUGCGGGGCAGGAAGGAGGCGUUCGAGGCCAAUCUGAAAACGGAGACUGAGCUCUGGAACCUGAUGGUCAAAGAGAUGUGGGCCGGCCGCAACAUGGCUGACCAACACAAGGACCCCCAGUACAUGCAGCAGGCUCUGACCAAUGCUUUAUUAAUGGAUGCAGUAGUGGGCAGCCUUCAGAGCAGUAAAGCCAUCUACGCUGCUUCUAAGCUGGCUCACUUUGACCGCAUCAAGAUGGAAGUCCCGAUGAUGGUUCCCAAGACAACUGCAGAGACGCUAAAGCACAAAAUUAACCCCUCACUGGAACUCGCUGAACCUCAGCCUGUGGAUGUGCUUUUAUACACACCAGGUCAGCUGUGGGUGUCUGUGAGUGGAGGGAAGGUGAUGGUGUUUGAUGCUUCCAGCUGGUCCCUCACACAUACCUGUCAUGUUGGGAAUGCAAGACUGAACUGCAUGCUGGGUGUUGACAAGGAUCAGGUGUGGAUGGGUUCUGAGGACUCAGUUAUCUACAUCAUCAGUAUAGUGGCCAUGGUGUGUAACAGACAGCUGACUGAGCACAGGGCGGAGGUCACCGGUCUGGCACUUGACACAGACAAAUACAGCCAGAAGGUGGCAUACUCCUGCAGUACAGAGGGAACCGUGAUGGUGUGGGACAUAUCCACACUACAGGUGAGGAGGCACUUUCGCCUCUCCUGCGAUUGUCUUCAGUCUGUCAACAGCUGGAACGGCACGCUGUGGUGCUGUUCCAAGGACAGUAUAAUGGAGGUGUGGAGGAACGGUUCAUUGAAACAUCGUCUGAAUCUACCAGAGCAGCACAAAGGAUCCAUAGCUACAUUCAGCUCUAUACUGCUGUUACCUGAGAGGGAAGAGCUGUGGAGUGUGUGUGUAGACUCAGGAGAAGUGUGUAUUUGGCAUACUAAGGACCCUACCAAACCAUUUGACCGCGUGACGCUGCAGGACUGCACCGGAUGUUACUGCAUGAUUAAAGUCAAAAAUCAGGUGUGGGUUGGUGGCGUGGGCCGCAGUUCUACCAAAGGGAAGAUUUACAUCCUGGACACAGAACGCCACCUGGUACUUAAGGAGCUCCACGGCCACAACGACAAGGUGACGGCGCUGUGCUCCGCCGAGGAUCGCUACAUCCUCAGUGGCGCUGGCAAACAUGACGGAAAGAUCGCCAUCUGGAAGGUGGAGUAGAGAGGUUUACUGGCUGGAAAUGGACAAAGUAACUCUGAUGAAACUGUUCCAGGAGGAGCCCAGGUUUUGGAUCUGUGGGAGAAAGAGUGAAGCUCUGUGUUUGGAAAGCAGAUUAAAGGGAGGGGAAUCAAAUUCACAAACUCGCAGAGAUUACAUGUAAUCACAUGUCCGUCAUGCGAUGCAAGUUUACAUAACUUAUACUGCUAUGAUGCUAUGUAAAGGUGGUUAGCAGUUCGAAACAGUGACAGUACUGACAUGUUAUUUUUUGGGAAUAUGAGGACCAAAUGAAGACUGAAAAAAAGAAAAGUGGGUGAAAGUCCUGUUGGAUAUUUCUUUUUAAUCCAAAGUUCUAAACAUUUUUAGUAUUUAUAAUAUAGUCAUACCAUGCCUUUUUGUAUUGCUGUUCCCUGUUUAUUGUAAGUUUAAUCUCACUAGUGUUGUGUGGGAACAUCAUGUGACUGAGCCUUGCCACCAACUGUGUAUUUGAGGCAAAUCUCUACAGCUCAAACUACCCUGAAAACAAAACUCCUGCUCGCUAUCGCUGUGGGAAAGACCUGAGGAGAGUUUGUUUUGAUGGAAGAUAUGCUUUAAUGGACAACGUGCAGUAGAGAGUGAUGGGAAAUGUGGUGAAAGAAGAUACAAAGUUGGGAGCUGGACUCAAACUCGUGAGAUACCACUCACAUGUGAUGUACAGAGAGGUGUGUUCCACAGCAGCUCAAGAAAGUCCCGCCACAACUGGAAUUUUUCAGUAAUUAAAAACAGAAAAUAAGGACUAACCCCAUAAAAGCAAAAUACUUACCUCAUUGUCAGACAAAGUUUCUACAUUUUUCUUUAUUUAUUUCUUUACAAGUACAGUUUUAUCUUUGUUACAGACCAGUUGCUUUUAACAAGGAAGGUUUCUGUUAUUGUACACAAGCUGUCGAUCCUAGUAAAAAAAAA